AUGGCUGUUACUGAACGAGGUGCCGACUGUUCUGCGGCCGAAGCCGGGUUGCCAGUCGACCGAAGAGAGGCAAACGAGACCCCAGUUGAUCCUCUAUUGGUUACCUGGAAUGGCGAUGAUGACCCCGAGCACCCUUACAACUGGAAAGAAUCUCUGAAAUGGGCCAUUACGAUUCUUCUCUCUUUCGGCGGCCUUGUUACCCUCAUGUCAGGCGCAAUGCUGGCGCCCGCCCUUCAAGAGAUCGCACACGAUUUUAAAACCGACGAAAAUCACGCCCAAAUCUUUCUUUCCAUCUACGUCCUUGCUUUUGCAUUCGGUCCAAUGGUCCUAGCCCCGUGCACAGAGGUGUUUGGUAGAAGACCAGUCUGGCUUAUCUGCGCCUGCUACUACAUUGCAUGGAACACGGCAGCUGGGUUCAGCAAGUCCUCUGGGGUCCUCAUCCUCUGUCGCGUCAUGUCUGGUCUGGGCGCCAGCGCUGAGUUUGCAGUCAGUAGCCCGGUGCUCGCAGAUAUCUGGACGCCCGACCAGCGUGGCAAGUCGUAUGCCAUCUCAACAUUUCUGCCCCUUUUGGGGCCUGCCCUCGGACCCAUCAUCGGCGGCGCCGUGACCCAGACAAUCGGCUGGCGAUGGAUAUUUUAUAUUCUGUCUAUUUACGAUGGAAUUCUCGUCAUUGCCGGCUUCUUCUUACUACCUGAGACCUUCAAAGUGAUUCUUUUGGAGAGAAAAGCCAAGAAGCUUCGCAAGGAGACUGGCCAAGCUUACUACACACAAGAAAGCCACGAAAAGUUGGGGUCUAGAUUGGCAGUGUCCUUGACGCGCCCAUUUCGCCUGCUCUUCACGCAUCCUACCAUUCAGUUUAUGGGCAUCCUCCUCGCUUACAAUUUUGGCCUGCUUUACAUCGUUCUCUCGACGUUCGCUACCCUAUGGAUUGACCGCUAUCGCCAAAGUACGCUUGCAAGUGGCUUGCACUAUAUUGCGCUCGUCAUCGGCUACACGGUCGCUGCUCAAGUGGGAAGCCUAUUCAUGGAUAAAAUUUGGGCAUACUUGAAGAAUCGCGCGGGUGGAAUGAAGACGGCUCCGGAAUAUCGCGUACCGCUCAUGGUCCCCGGAGCAGUUCUGGUUCUCGCCGGCAUUUUCAUGUACGGCUGGACUGCCCAGUAUCGCGUACACUGGAUUGCACCUGACAUUGGCAUCGCCAUUUUUGGUUGUGGCAUCAUCCUCAACACGCAGGCGAUGCAAGCCUAUGUCACCGAGUCUUAUCUCGGUCACGUUGCGUCGGCGUCUGCAGCCUCACAAUUCUUGCGCAGUAUCACUGGUUUUGCAUUUCCCAUUUUUGCUCCUUCGCUAUACAGUGAUCUAGGAUACGGUUGGGGUAACAGUGUGUUGGGGUUCGCAUUUCUGGUUCUUGCAGCCCCUGCGCCGAUUGUGCUGUGGUUGUUUGGCGCAAAAAUGAGAGCCAUUGGAAAGCACAAGUAG